UAGCGAUUAUAAUGUCCGUUGAUUAUUCCUCAGAAUACGAUCAGUUAAAAUGCAAUUCCAUCGCAUCUACAGAUAACUGUAUCAAAACAAAUGACAGAUAUUCUCCAAACUUAACAAAUUCAUAUGAAAAAAUGAAGCAUCCAGGACUAACACCUUCGAUAACAGCCUAUCGAUGGAUUACAUCGCAGCCAACCUUACCAAAAAGUUUAUUUCAUAAAAUUGAAUAUGAAACUAUAGCACAAUGGUUAAGUGUUAGUACAACAGAUGACUGGUUAAUGCAUAUGCCCAAAUGUUCAGUGAAAGUUUAUGACGAUAAUUCGCUUAAAAAUUGGAAAACUAACUGUCAGAAACAACCACAUUUAUCUGAUGAAGACAGAUAUGCUACAUUAUAUUCGAUUAGUUAUGAAGCUAAACAGUUGGAUCAGCAAACUAAAAGUAGACCUACAUCUGCUAAUCGUCGAAAUAGACCGCAACCGUCCAGACUCUUUCUUAAUUUCCGUUUACACAAAUUACCUAAAAACCAAGAAAAGGAUACAUGAAGAUAGACCAUAGUAUUUAAUGUUCAUGUAACUUAAUUUUUUAGUAAUUUACUUGUCAUUUCGCAUGCAUAAAUUAAGAAUUUUUGCCAUCAAUAUGAGUUACCACUAUGUCAUAGCUAAUAUUUAAUAGUUUAAUAAACCAUAAAGUAUAUUAUUAUUAAACGUGCAGUAUAUGGAGUUACAGUAAAUUUUCCCUUUAAACACUAACUCACAUUCACCAUGCAAGUAUGCAUGUUUUGCGAGGAUUAUUUGAUUAUGUAUGUACUUCUCAGUUCC